AUGGAGAAGGCGGUUCAAGUGUGCGUUAAAUCUACCAAAACGUGGAAGAAAAACACCGAAACGCAAACAGUGAUUUCAUCUUUAGAAGUGAAAAGCGUGGAUACACAGUGUGGGGGAGAAAAGCAUGACAGUUACAAUCGUGAGGAAAAGUUGAAACACUGGACGUAUGAUCUUUUAAGAGACGAAGUUCUCAGAAGCAAAGAGGAAAUCAUACGAUGGUGUAUGGAUGAAGGACUAAUUGCAAAAAGUCGACUCUGCUGUCACUGUGACCUUCCAAUGAAACUUGUUAAAUGCGAGGACCGCUCUGAUAAAUACAAAUGGGAAUGCCGUAAAAGCGUGAAUGGCAAGAGGCACAAGGUCGAGAUAUCAAUUCGGAAAGGCAGCUGGUUUGAAAAAAGCAACAUGACCCUUGAAGAAGUGUUGAAGUUUACUUAUUGGUGGUGCCGUGAUGUGAGACAAGAGGAAAUACGACAUGAGUUGAAUAUUGCCGCUCAUACAGCAGUUGACUGGGAUAGCUUUUGUCGAGAAACGUGCGAAGUUACACUUAUGGAACGCGAACAUCCAAUUGGCGGUCCUGGCAAGAUUGUGCAGAUUGACGAAAGCAAAUUUGGAAAGAGAAAGUAUCAUCGUGGACAUCGUGUGGAAGGUCAGUGGGUCUUUGGGGGAAUCGAGGAGGAGUCAAGAAGAAGUUUUAUGGUAGCCGUGGAAAAAAGAGACGAGUCCACGUUAUUACCGAUAAUUGAAAGGCAUAUUGCGAAAGGCUCAAUCAUAGUAUCAGACUGUUGGAAAGCGUAUAUAAACUUAGAAAAACAUGGGUAUGAACAUCGCUUAGUGAACCAUUCCAAAGAGUUUGUUAACAAAGAUGGAGAUCAUACGAACAAAAUUGAAGGGCACUGGAGGCAGGCCAAAUGCAAAAUGCCAUCGUUUGGUGUUCGAAAGAUUGCGUUUUCUUCUUACUUAGCUGAGUUUUUGUGGCGUUACGAACAUAAGGGAAAAGACUUGUUUUCAACGUUUCUUUGGGAUGUUAAAAAAAUUUAUUGUGAAUUUUGA